AUGUCCCAGACGGCCAGUCCCAUGACGCGCAAGCGUGCACAUGAUGAGGCAGAGCGGGAGGAAAAUCUCCAGUUGGAGAAUGACACCAAUGCAUCCAACAUCACACGCCAUCGCGCAAUCAAGCGACCCGCCCCGGCCAAGGACCUGGCCCCCACAAUCAACCAGAUUGACGAUGAGGAAUUCAACGCAGAGCCUGAGCUUGUCCUCAGCAGUCUUCGCCCGCUGGAUUCGGACGACGAGGACCAGGGCGAUGCAAGCGGUGCACCUGCCAACAAGCAGGCAAAACGUUUGAGCACCUCCUCGCAGCGCAGCCUUCGUCGGUUUUCCAGCUUCAAGGAAAAGGCGGCCAGUCUUCUAUCCCCGAUGCGUCGUUCUGCGCGACGAUUCUCGCGCUCGCUCAGCUCCCGGGGCUCCAAGCGAGGGGGCGCACAUGGCUAUACCACCAUGCCCAAAGAGAGCAUCUCCUAUGACAUUGACCCCCGCGCCCUCCACGAUCGCAGUCGGAAAAAACCCACGCGCAGCUACAGCACACUCUCGCUCCGCCACGUUCAACUCCCCGAUGAAGACGCCGUGACCGAAGCGGAGCGCGAGCGCUUUUUCAUCAUCCAAGAGUUGGUGCAGGGCGAGGAGGCGGCAUGUACCAACAUGUUUCACGUGUACCAGAUCUAUGACAAGUCAAGUACCGCCUUCAAACUUUUCACCGACGAACAGCGGGAUAUCAUUUUCACCAACUACAUGGAGAUUCGCCAACUCUCAGAAGACUUGUUGAUGCUGCUCAAUAAUCGACAAUCCUCUGCCCUGCCCAACAUCGGGCGGGCUCUUAUGGCCUGGCUGCCGAUGGCUCGUGGUCCCUAUGCCAUCUAUUGCUCGGGCCAACGCCGCAGUAAGCACCUGCUCCGUGCGCUCAAGCACGACAAGAACCGCGAUCAACUCCUCGAGUUUGACAAGCUGGCCAGCCGGUGUCACGAAGCACACGGUCGGGAGCUGGACGCGAUGCUUGAUUUCCCACGCACCCGCAUGGCUGGCUACAAGCUCUUUGUUUCCCGCUUGCUCAAGGAAACACCAAAAGACCACCCAGAGUAUUCUGAUCUCCUGGCUGCUGAGCAGCUAUGUCAUGAAACUGUGUCUUACAUCAACAAUGUCACCCGCGACAGCCUUGCCGAUCGCGCGACCGAACUUGCCGAGUCUCUUGACCGUGCUCUACAUGCUCCAGACCCCAUCAUGACUCCACUAUUAUUCUACUGCACGGGCCAACGUGUGGACAAGGCGCAUAAAAGUCAUCCUAUCAAUCUCUACCUCUUUGAUACACACAUUCUUGCGACCAAAUUCAAGUCCAAGGCCGCUGAUGCCAAAAUGACGCUGGUGGCCAAGCCCAUCCCUGUGCUGCACUUGACACCGGUCGAUACAACUGGCGAUGACGGCACCGAUGAGGAGCAGAUGCAGUUGGCCAUGACGGUGCAAGCGCCCGUGCGCGGUGGAUCACUGCGUCGCUCCACGCGCCGCUCAAGCCUCUCCUCGCGUGCCACUGGAUUCAUUGUCAAGUUUGAUCGGCUGAGCGACAAAAUGGACUUUUUGGAAGCCUUUCAGCGCCUCAAGCGCGAGCUGGAGGAGCUCUGCCGUGAGCAUGAAGCCGGCCUUGAGGGUGAUCACGAAGAAAGCUCAGGCGAAGAUCACCAAGAGGCAGCCAUUCAAGAAGAAGAAAGCAUGGCAUAA